GUAAGAGAGAGAGAGAGAGAGAGAGAGAGAGAGAGAGAGAGGUAGUCUGAUGGCAGUAGGCUAAACAAAAGUCCUCUAGCUUAUAUUCUGAUUCCAUUCCCUCUUGUUUCUACUCAUAUUCUAACCUCUGGAGCUAAAAAAGGAAGAAUGAACUAUCUAAAGGAAGUGGUCAUACUACUGUUAGGCCCGUACCUGAUUCUGCUGUGCAGGAGAGUGUCAGGUGAACAGAUAUCCGGGAAGGGAAUCAUCAAUCUUGCACACAGACAGUCCAAAUGGACUCCCUUAAUGCAGACGAGCGCAAAUCUCUCUGACAUCACAAGCAUUAGAUCUUUCUUUGAGUUUCGGACCCUUGACCCAGAGGGGGCCAUCUUUUAUGGAGACACCAAAGAAGGACGGGACUGGUUUGUGCUUUCACUGCGUGAUGGCAUACCUGAAAUGCAGAUUGGGAAAGCAGACAUCUUAGUGAGCGUAAAAGGAGGUCGAAAACUCAAUGAUGGGGCCUGGCACUUGCUGGAGUUGCGCAGUGAGGGCAAAUUUGUGGUGCUAGAGGUUAACAACAAUGUAGAGCUUCUAGUCGGUCUUCAUUCUAAACUGGCAGAAGAUGAACUAACAGGAAAGAUACGUCUUGCUCUUGGUGGCAUGCUGGUGGACAAACAAAAGCUCUUCCAUCCAUUUGAGCCAGAAAUGGAUGCUUGUAUAAGAGGAGGGCAUUGGCUAAAUCUCAGCACCCCCUGGGAUGCAGACUCAACAUGGGAACCCCGGCCCUGCUUCUCUGAGAUCAAGAAAGGGAGCUAUUUUCCAGGAACCGGAGUGGCUAUGUUUAAUACAUCUGAUCUUCCUGGACUUAAGACGGAAGAGGCCGGUAUCACAGUCGAGAUCUUCGGAUCCUGGACUGGGACAACGUUGAGUCUCCAAAGCACAGGAUUUGAGUAUGUUUUGAGAGAGUUAGAUGGGAAUAAAGAUAUCAAGGAGAUGCAGUUGGGCCUGAAAGAGGGAUCGGAAAGUGUUGCCCCUCCCCAUGAACCUGCAACACUUACUUUCACCAUACUGAAACAUUCACUUGUGGUAAACAGCAAACCAGAGCUUGAAACGGAAAGUCUGGACUUUUUCUCCAUGUGGAAAAAUGGGAUGCUACUGACUUUUGGGGGAGUGCCAGGUGACAGUGAGGCGGCAAAAAAUACACAUUACCUGCGUGGGUGUCUGGAGAAAAUCCUUGUCCAAGGCCAGGUCAUUGAUCUUGAUCGGGCAUUGUACAAACACACAGCGGUAUCAUCUCACAGCUGUCCUACAGAAGCAAUGAAUGAACUCACUUAAUAGAGAUACAAGGCAUUCAUCCUAGCAGGCUAAACUCUAAGAUUCCCUUCAUGUAUCUUACACACAUCUUAUAUCUGUCAUAGGUAGGCCUAUUUAAAAAUGCUCAAUGUUCAGUUGACCCAAAACCUCCAAAAAUGUACUGAUGGGCUAUUAUGUUACAUUGAGCAAUGAAAUACAUUUGAAACUAAAUGGCACAUCUUUCCAGCACAUUUAUGAUUGAAAAAGGUAAAUGCAUUUGAACUUUGUUUACAAAUGCAUCUAAAAGGGAAUGUUUUUCAAUGAACAUAUUUUAGUCAACAAAAUAAAUCAAGAUCAAUAAAAGAUUCAUUGUUUCAUUGCUGUUUCAUUAAUGUAUACUCCAUGAAGCAAAUACAAAAAAUAUGCAGAUUAUGUAAAAUA